ACGUCCACUCGGGCGACCCCGCAUCCCGAAACAGGCGCACCCCGAGUUCCAGGCGGGACUUCCUCUCUCCUGCGGAUGCGACAUCAGGGCUGAAGCAAGCAGAAAGGGCUUGGUCCGGGUGUCACCGGGUCCUGAUCCGUGCGUCUCUCUCCGGACGGCAGAUAUCCCAGCCGAACUGGACGCCGCCGUCGCCGCAGCUGGAAGCCCCCCGUAGAGGAGCCUCCUCCUCGGCUAUGCUGCCCUGAGAGCGCCGCGACCACCCGCCCCGCCAAAAUGUCUGAUGUCAACAAGACUGUUCAGAAAUGGCACGCCAGUUUUAAGAAAGGCACAGACUUUGACUCGUGGGGGCAAUUAGUGGAGGCGAUAGAUGAGUACCAAAUUCUCGCCAGACAACUGCAAAAGGAGGUCCAGUCUACAAAUUCUUCAGACUUCACAGAGGAGCAGAAGAAAAACUUAGGAAAGAUUGCAACAUGCCUGGAGAUGAGAAGCGCCAGUUUGCAGUGCACUCAGUCAAAGGAGGAGUUCAAGUUAGAAGACCUGAAGAAACUGGAGCUCAUAAUCAAGAACAUACUCACCUAUAACAAAGAGUUUCCCUUCGAUGUCCAGCCAGUGCCAUUAAGGAAAAUCUUGGCUCCGGGUGAGGAGGAGAACUUGGAGCUGGAGGCAGAGGACGAUGCUGCUGCUGGAGCAGUAUCGACAGAAACAUUCCCACCGAGAGCUGCUCCCGGUACUCUGUUGCCACGGUUACCGUCAGAACCCGGGAUGACGCUACUCACACUAAGGAUAGAGAAAAUUGGGUUGAAGGACGCCGGCCAGUGCAUCGACCCGUACAUGAGCAUCAGCGUCAAAGAUGUGAACGGAGUUGAUCUGAACCCGAUGCAGGACACGCCUGUGGCCACCAGGAAGGAAGACACGUACAUUCACUUCAGUGUGGACGUAGAAAUUCAGAGGCAUGUAGAGAAAUUACCAAAAGGAGCAGCUAUCUUCUUUGAAUUCAAGCACUACAAGCCCAAAAAGAGGUUCACCAGCACAAAAUGCUUCGGCUUCAUGGAAAUGGACGAGAUCAAACCCGGACCGAUUGUCAUUGAACUGUACAAGAAGCCAACGGACUUUAAGAGGAAGAAACUGCAGCUGCUCACAAAGAAGCCACUUUAUCUUCACCUCCAUCAGACGCUACACAAGGACAGCUAAGCCCCGACUCGCCGAUUAAUCUCACUGCAUAUCCAGGGAAACGUGGUGUUCCUCCUCAUCGCCACAUUCAGCAAUACCAAAUGAAGGCUGAGGUGUGAAGAAAGUAAAAGGAUCCGAUCUCCUCGCUCGGAUUUUAUGAAUUUAA